AUGAUUAUAUUUUUUGACUUUAUACUUCCUUUAUUGGUUAAUUAUGCGUUUGCAGGUUCAGAUAAACUUACGUUGGACAUUAAUGUUCUUGCGGAUCGUUCAAAAUUUAUGGCGAUGAGGCAUCAAUUUUUGGGUCUGACAUACUAUAGUUUCCUGACGCUUCCUGGUCAGGAAAUCUCUAGGGUAGUCAAUGGAAAUCGUGUACUGUUUGAAUCUGGGCCUGAAGAUGAACCGGUUAAUCUUGUUUAUUGCUUUUAUUAUAGGCCACAUGGUUGGCGACCAACCUUUUUAGUAAAAAGUGGAACCGCUUUUGGGCGCUCAGUUCCAUUGGACGAUAGUUCACCUGAAGAUUGGGAGACUCGUACUAUCUUAAAAGCAUUUUUUAGAGAAAUUAAAAGAAUGUAUCCAAAUGAUGAUGAUUUACAACAAAAGUUGGCGAGUAUCAGUAUCGGAGAGACUGAAUUUGACAGAAAUGCGUUGAGCAGGGUCACAUUCAGAGUGAUAAACGAUUCCAAUUAUGUAGAACCAAAGUCAAGGGAAGGAAAGAAACUUACAAGGAGAAAACAACAAAAACUUGAAGAGUUUUAUCCCUCUGAUAAGAAGAGCAAGGAAGUAGAUGAAGUCUCUGUUCAUUCAAUAGAAGACGAAUUAGAAAGUAUACCUGAUAUUCUUUACGCAUCUGAUAGCCUAAGCGAUUCAGACGAAGAGACGGUAGAACCCUCUUCUGCGCAACCCGCUCAACAAUUAGAGGAAGAACGUCAACAGCAACCAGAAACUAUAGUGAUCAGUGACUCUGGUGAAUCGGAUGUGGAAGUUGAGGAAUCCGAUAAACCAUCCGAAUCGAAGGAUUAUGAACCACCUGCUAAGAAGAAAAAAGAAGAAGCAGAAACGGUAACCAUAGAGUUGGAUUCAGAGGAAGAAGAUUCAUGA